AUGUCGAGCCGAAAAGCUAAGGGAAAGACAACAAAGAAGCGUGCACAGCGUGCGACUUCUAAUGUUUUCGCGAUGUUUGAUCAAGCUCAGAUCCAAGAAUUCAAAGAAGCAUUCAACAUGAUUGAUCAGAAUAGAGACGGUUUCAUUGACAAAGAUGAUCUGCACGACAUGCUGGCGUCACUUGGUAAGAAUCCAUCUAACGACUACCUAGAGGGAAUGAUGAAGGAUGCACCUGGUCCAAUCAACUUCACUAUGUUCUUGACACUUUUCGGAGAGAAAUUGAAUGGAACCGAUCCAGAAGAUGUCCUCCUUAACGCCUUCGGUUGCUUUGAUGAUGAAGGAACUGGUGUCAUAAAUGAUGACUACCUCCGUGAGUUGCUGAUGACGAUGGGGGAUCGCUUCAAUGACGAUGAUGUAGAUGAGAUGUACAGGGAAGCACCGAUCAAAGAUGGCAAGUUCAACUAUCGCGAGUUUGUACGUAUUCUGAAACACGGAACCAAGGACAAAGAUGAUCUUUAAAUUCCUAGUCCACACCUUUCUACUACCCACAAUGCAUCUCUUUUACCACUUCCAAAAUUGUACCCAACAUUUCAAAUUUUUGUAGCAUAUUCCGGAAAGAGUACUCUUCUGUGAUGUUGGUAACAAUAUGGUUUAUUUCCUUUAUUUACAUCGCAUCAAACUAUCAUAAAUAUACACUGUAUUUUAUUACCUCAAUAAUUUGCAUUUUCACUAUUUCUCAACUUUUUUUUAUUUAUGGCUUUGGCUUUUAACAUUUGGUUGUGGUGAUGGAAGGUGUAUAUUAGGGUGCUGUGCUACAUUUUGAUUUCAAGAUUUAGAUUAUUUUUGUAACAUGAAAUUUAGAGAAUAAUUAGCAACAAGCGAUAUCUGAUAAAAAUAGAUUUUUUACCAAAUAUAAUAUUUAACAAAAAAGCUGUUUAUUAUUUUAUUUGAAUUUUACUUAUAUUUUGUAAUAAUUUCUAGAAUCAAAUUUUUCAUUGAUUUUUUUGUAGUUUUAAAAUUGCACAAAGGACCAAAAGAUAGUAUUUGCACCAUGCUAUAUGAAUAUUUGGAUUGUCGGGUUUGAUAUUCCUGACAAAAAUACAUCUUACUCAAGCAUCAGUCCCUAGAUGCAUUGGCAUAUUAUUUGGUAUUAGAUUCCUACCAAGAAGUUUUAAAAAUAAUGUACAGUAUUUAUUGAAUAAACACCCCUCAAAUAACUAACACCUCCAGAAUGUUGCUUGGAAUAAUUGCCACCCUGAAUUAUACGUCUUGGUGAAUUGAUUUUUCCCAUGAAUAAUUCCCCCUUUCCAAAUGACAGUGAACAAAGCUAAUGAAAGUAACACCAAAGUUUAGUCCAGUAGAAGUGUUAUUGUACCAGGAUGAUACAAUAAUAUUAUUUUACAAUUUUUUGUUGUAUACAUCUCCGGAGAAAUUGAAGGGCAUUUAUUUGAGUAAAUUAUACGCAUCCAGUUUACACCUAAAAAUAUAAAUCCUUCUCGUGGAAAUGCUUCCCUGGAAUAUAUGCCUCCCUUAAACGCGGAGUAAAACAAUCUCCUUGAAGUUAAACAUAGUGCUCGGAUGGAUUUUGGUAGAAAUCAUUAAUGUUGGUUGGAGAUUAAAUAAACAUUUUUAUUUAGGGCUUAAUGUCUAAUCAAAUAAAAAAUAAAUAUAAUUGAACAAUGAUGCCACAAUUUAAUUUUCAAUUUUCAAUCAGUUGUUAAAUUAAAUUACUUGAAACUUGCCAAUUACAUAAGUAGAUUUGGACUUCCAUCUAUUCAAUUUUGCAUAAAUUUGACACAAUUAUGUACUGUUAAAAAUAUCAAAGAUUGAACCAAUACUGUAAUUACUUUUAGAUUGUGCAAGAGGCUUUUAGUGAUUUGUUAUUCAAUAAAGGUUUUCGUAUGUAGAUAAAGCUAAUUUUUUACAUCAAGAUGUAUGUAGUUAAUAAAUGUUACGAUUUGCAUGUGAUUAGGAAUUUAACAAUUAGUCAGCUAAUUUGUUAUUGUGUAUAGCAUUAUUUAUUUUUUUCUUUUUUUAUGCAAAUAAAAUUAUAAAAAUUACAGAACACUCUAUAGUCAUAUGCAUGAAAAUUAUGAAUUUCCUCUACCAAAUAUUUCACUCAAAUAUUUUUGUAAUUAAAUUGGAAGUUAUGGGUUCAUGAACCUGGUUUGUACUUUUAAAUAUAACCACUAUUCCUGUAUGUUUUUGUUUUGCCAUUUUUUCCCAAUAAUAUGGAAAUAUAAUUUUUUUUUUCUUGAUGUUUUGGAUGGGUGAAUAUUUCAUUAAAUAUAUGUAUUCUCUUGGAAAAUAUUUUUGAAAAAAUGUUUUUUAGAUGUUGAUCCAAACAAGGAAUAAGAUUGCUUCUCAUUCAUUGGUUCACACAAACCAUCAAGGGUAUAAUACUAAAUUCAUGGAAAGGAGAUUAAAGAGCUAAUUCUAGUGUUGACACAUUUCAAUGUGACAUUUAAAAACAAACUGGAUGUAAAUUAGAGUACGAAAACUAUAAAACAAACUUGAGAAAGGUAGUUUGUUGAGCAGCAUCUUGAGAGAUUCUCUGACUUCCAUUUGACAAGAUCUACUAUUGCAGAAUUAUACAAACUAGUUGUAAGCGCUGUUGCUCUGUGAAUGACAAUUAAACAUCAAACUUGGAAUAUA